AUGUCCCAGCCCAGGCUGCUGCUGCUCCUGCUGCUGCUCUGCGCCGAGAGCAGCCGCGCCCUCAGCCUCUCCAACGCCGCCUCCCUCCUCAGCUGCCUCCACUCGGCCCUGCCCGAGGCCCGGGAGCAGCUCCCGCAGGAAAACGCCGUCCUGGACAAGCGCGGCUUCAGCUUCCAGCCCCGGGAGGCGCCCGAGGAGGAGCGGGAAGGGGCCGGGGAGCCGGAGGAGGAGCUCGGGAAAAGGACAUUCCCGGGGCAGGGCCACUACAAGUACGUGUCCCAGGCGCAGGGGAAGGGCAAGACGUCCCAGAACCGGGCCAAGAGCGACCGGCGCGCCAAGGUCACCCUGUCCCUCGACGUGCCCACCAACAUCAUGAACAUCCUCUUCAACAUCGCCAAGGCCAAGAACUUGCGGGCCAAGGCGGCGGCCAACGCCCACCUGAUGGCCCAGAUCGGCAGGAGGAAGUGACACCCCCGGGGCCA